AUGUCCGAGCUACGUUUUGACGGCCAGACCGUCGUGGUCACUGGUGCUGGUGGUGGUUUGGGCAAGGCAUAUUGUUUGUUCUUUGGCUCGAGAGGUGCCAACGUUGUCGUCAACGAUCUCGGUGGUUCUCACAAAGGCGAGGGCACUUCGACAAGGGCUGCCGAUGUCGUUGUCGAAGAAAUCCGCAAGGCAGGCGGAAAGGCCGUCGCCAACUACGACAGCGUGGAAAACGGAGAAGCCAUUAUCGACACAGCCAUCAAGAACUUUGGCCGCAUUGAUAUUCUCAUCAACAAUGCCGGUAUCUUGCGCGAUGUUUCAUUCAAGAAUAUGACAGAUAAGGAUUGGGAUCUAAUCAACCAAGUGCACAUCUAUGGAGCAUACAAGUGCGCGCGUGCAGCAUGGCCUCAUUUCAGGAAACAGAAAUACGGCCGAGUCAUCAACACCGCUUCGGCUGCCGGUUUGUUCGGCAAUUUCGGCCAGGCCAAUUACUCUGCUGCCAAAUUGAGUCAGGUCGGUUUCACCGAAACCCUCGCCAAGGAAGGUGCCAAAUAUAACAUUAUUGCCAACGUCAUAGCUCCAAUUGCUGCUAGCCGAAUGACCGCAACCAUCAUGCCUCCCGAGAUCCUCGAACACUUCAAACCCGAAUGGGUCGUUCCUCUUGUCGCGGUCCUUGUACACUCCUCUAACACCACCGAAUCUGGAGGCAUUUUCGAAGUUGGCGGUGGUUCCGUUGCCAAAUACCGAUGGGAACGUGCCAAGGGAGCUCUGUUGAAGACCGACUCUACCUUGACUCCUCAAGCUAUCUUGGCCAAGUGGAACGAUGUUCAGGACUUCUCCAAGCCCAGCUAUCCCAAUGGUCCUGCAGACUUUAUGGCUUUGUUGGAGGACGCCCAGAAACUCCCUGCCAACCCAUCUGCUCCCGACUUGAAUUUCAACGGCCGCGUAGCUUUGGUUACCGGUGGUGGUGCUGGUCUCGGAAGGGCAUACUCCCUUCUUUUCGGAAAGCUCGGCGCUUCAGUUGUUGUCAACGACUUGGCUGACCCAGAGCCCGUCGUUCAAGAGAUUAUCAAGGCUGGCGGCAAAGCUGUCGGUAAUAAGGCCUCUGCAGAAGAUGGUGAUGCAGUGAUUAAGGCUGCUAUCGAUGCAUUCGGCCGUAUCGACAUUGUUGUUAACAAUGCUGGUAUUCUCCGCGACAAGGCAUUCAGCAACAUGGAUGACAACCUGUGGAACCCAGUGAUCAAUGUUCACCUUCGCGGCACGUACAAGGUUACCAAGGCAGCUUGGCCAUACUUCUUGAAGCAAAAGUACGGCCGUGUGAUCAACACAACCAGCACUAGCGGUAUAUAUGGUAACUUCGGACAGGCCAACUACGCUGCUGCCAAACUUGGCAUUCUCGGAUUCUCCCGUGCCCUGGCUGUUGAAGGAGCCAAGUACAACAUCAAGGUCAACACCAUUGCUCCCAACGCCGGUACCAACAUGACCCGAACCAUCUUGCCCGAGGAGUUGGUCCAGGCUUUCAAGCCUGAAUACGUUGCACCUCUUGUUGUUGCUCUUGCUUCUGAUGCCGUUCCCGAGCCUGGUACCAAGGGCCUAUACGAAGUCGGCAGUGGUUGGUUCGCCGAGACCCGAUGGCAGCGAAGCGGUGGCCAUGCCUUCCCAGUCGAUGUUGAGUUGACACCGGAGGCUGUCGCCGCUGUAUGGAAGAAAAUUGUUGACUUUGACGAUGGUCGUGCUGACCACCCAACGGACGUGUCAGCCGGUUCUGAACGUGCCAUGGCCAACAUGAGCAACAAAUCCGGUGGUCAAGCCAAGGCUGCCCCAAGUGCCGAUCAAGGCAUCUUGGCUAACAUUGAAAAGGCCAAGAAGAUGACUGCUGAGGGAACACCAUUUGAAUAUACAGACCGCGAUGUCAUCUUGUACAAUAUCAGUCUCGGUGCUAAACGCACCGACCUGCCAUUGGUCUACGAGAACAACGAGAACUUCCAACCUCUUCCAACCUUUGGUGUUAUUCCAUGGUUCAACACCCAGACUCCCUUCAACAUGGACGACAUUGUUGCCAACUUCUCACCAAUGAUGUUGCUUCACGGUGAGCAGUAUCUCGAGAUCCGCAAGUUUCCCAUCCCCACAGCAGCCAAGACAGUCAAUGUACCUAAACUGGUCGACGUCAUUGACAAGGGCAACGCCGCCAUUGUUAUCUCCGGCUUCACCACCAAGGACGCACGAACCGGCGAAGAUCUCUUCUACAACGAAUCCACCGUCUUCAUCCGCGGCAGCGGCGGUUUCGGCGGCUCCCCCAAACCCACAGCCCCUCGACCAAAAGCCGCCGUGGCGGCGUACAAACCCCCCAAACGCGCUGCGGACGUAGUCGUCGAAGAAAAGACGUCCGAAGACCAAGCUGCUCUCUACCGCCUAAACGGCGACCGAAACCCACUCCACAUUGACCCCGAAUUCAGCAAAGUAGGCGGCUUCAAGACCCCCAUCCUACACGGUCUCUGCUCAUUGGGCAUCUCCGGUAAACACGUAUACCAAAAAUUCGGAGCAUUCAAGAACCUCAAAGUCCGAUUUGCGGGCGUCGUGUUACCGGGUCAAACACUCAAGACGGAGAUGUGGAAGGAAGGGAAUGUGGUUUUGUUUCAGACUACUGUUGUUGAGACUGGAAAGCCUGCUAUUAGUGGUGCGGGGGCUGAGUUGCUUCAGGAUGGGAAGGCGAAGUUGUAA